AUGCCAUUAGAAAAAAAAAUUAAAUCUGGCUCUGUAACCGGUAACCAAAAACAAACCAUUAUAGAUUUUAUGGAGUCGCAUCCUCACCUCGCUAAAGGUCAAUUUUUAUCUCAAUUACCAAUGAUUGAAAUAAUAUUUGUUUUGUUGUAGUAUAUGAAAACCAGCUUUCACAUACCCUACGGUAUACACCAUACGUUGCAAUCAUACUACAACCAGACGUAUAUACGAGCGACUUUGUUGUACGAAAAUAGUUACAAAAAAAACGUUUAUAUAGUUAAUAUAGUUACAAACGUUAAUUUGUACGGCCAAUGUACAAAAUACCAUUUUCGUAUACUGAAGUAGUUGCAAAAUACCGAAUCGGAAUAUCAUACGAAAAAUGUCCAAUUUUUUUUUCCAAAAAAAACAAACGAACUAUAUUCGUAUGGCAUACAAUAUAGAGGUUGAUAAGUUGUUCCACUGUUUUCGAACAACAUUUUCUUCAGCGAUGAGGCUCAUUUUUGGCUUAAUGGUUACGUUAACAAGCAAAUUGACCGUAUUUGGACUGAAGAGCAACCCGAAGAGGUUCAAAAGCUGCCAUUACAUCCAGACAAAAUAACCGUUUGGUGUGGUUUAUGGGCUGGUGGAAUCAUCGGUCCAUAUUUCUUUAAAAAUGAGGCCGGGCAGAACGUAACUGUGAANAACAAGAUGGUGCUACAUGUCAUACAGCUCAUGAAAUCCUGGCUUUAUCGCGAGAACAAUUCGGUGAACAAUUGAUUUCACGAUUCAGACCGAUUAGUUGGCCAGCUAGAUCAUGCGAUAUCACACCUCUCGACAUUUUUCUUUGGAGUUACGUGAGAUCCAAAGUCUACAUAACCAAGCCGACUAUGAUAGAUGAAUUGGAAGCCAACAUCAAACACGUCAUUGGUAAAAUAUUAGUCGAAAUGCUUGAAUGGGUCAUUGAAAAUUGGAACUUCCGAAUGGAUCAUGUUAGGCGCAGUUCCAUCUAA